AGGCUAUAAAGCUUUAUUUUGGAACUUUUUAUUUGUGUUAAUAUUAUAAUUGUUCAUUGAGGAAAUACGUUAAAAUUACUAAUUAAAAGUGAAUAGUUUACAUGGAUUGAGGAAUGAUAUUUUGCUCUUAAUUUGAAUGGUCUAAUAAGGCCGUGUGACCUUCAAAAGUAACUCAACAAACGCUAUACAGCUAUCAAUUGCUAAGAAAACCCGAAAAUCAAAAGCGGUUAACCUGGAAAAACCAAUAGGUGUAUGUAAUUUUCUGCUGCCUUCUCUAAGGUGACAUUUUGAAGAGUAAGGAGACCUAUUGUGGUAAUCUCCAAUGAUGAACGUACUCCGGUCUAUGUUUGGUGUCUGCAGCAGUUCAGCUGAGAAGGGCGAGGUCCACGACACCAUCAGAAGGGUCUUCGGCAAUGAGAUGGUGAUGAAGGAUAAUACUGACAGGCAUUUUCAAAGGAGCAAGUACGUGACUCAUAUCCGUGAGAAUCUGCCAAAGAUGCUGGACGCGAAGGUCAUGAACCAUAAGACUAAGACCAAGAAACAUGCCCCGCCUGUUUCAGACACUACUGACUCGACAGACGAUAGAUUUGGGAGGAUUGGACCAAAAAUCGUGGUGUUUGAUGCUUCCACUGGUACUGGCCGGUUAGUCCUAGUAGGUGAUGAGAGGGUGAGCGUCCAGGGUCUGUCAAGCUUCGCCACGAUCAGAGCCACGGCUUGCAUCUACGGAGGCAAAUGGAUGUAUGAGGUGCAACUUGGAACUAAGGGUAUAAUGCAGAUCGGCUGGUGCACAGCCUCCUGCAUCUUCUCAAUGGACACAGGAGUCGGAGACACAGCACACUCCUACGCCUACGAUGGAGGCAGAGUCAGGAAGUGGAACGUGGCCACCUCGCCUUACGGGCAGGCGUGGUUGCCUGGUGACGUCAUCGGCUCAUGUAUUGACCUGGAUAGAGGGGUUCUGGAGUUUUAUAGAAACGGUACCUCAAUGGGUGUUGCAUUCGAGAAGGUCACCCACGGCGCUGGCCUGGCAUACUUCCCAGCAGUGUCGCUGGCUAUGCAGGAACACUUGUAUGCUAAUUUUGGACACGUGCCAUUUGUAUUUCCAGUAGAAGGUUACGCAGCAUUGCAAGCUCCUCCCAACAGGGAGUGCGCGCGCGCCGCAAUUCUCUUCAAGUCGCUUGAAGCCCUGCUGGAUGAACUGGUACGACCUUCAGAUGUGAAGACUUCGCUCACUGCUAAGAGUAGUAAGGCCAAAUCAGAUACAUCAAAACCUGAGGAGGAGGUGGCCCUGAGGAUCCACAGUUCAGGGUCUGUUUACACUCCACGGCCAUCACCACACACAUUAGUUGAUCCACAGAAUACAGAAGUUAAAAAAAUGUCCAAAAAAGCCUUCCUAAUGUCACUAUCAAGAUUAGUAGUAGUGGAACUAGGUACCACUCUCCGUAUGUCAUACGUGGUGGUAUCAGAACUGCUGCCUCGGUUCCGUGGUCUCAUUGGUUUGAAGACCAGGAGCAUCCACGUGGACCAACACGCCGCUGAUUUCUAUAUGAAGUGCCGGGACGAGAAUUUUACGGGUCUUGCAGCGAAACUCCUGUCUCAGCCCGACCCUCGUCUGUGUACUAUGCUGGACCUACUGUGGACCUUUCUGGAUGAAUCUGCAUUGUGUGAUGUUCUCGAACAUUGCGUGGUCAGAGAGUGCCUGCUAUUUGAUUUAGUUUCUCAGGAUAUGUAUUUCAACCAACAAAUGGAAGGCGUCUUCGUACUGUGCGGUCUGAUGCAGCACCGGGAGACCAGGCACCACCUCGUCAAAUAUGUCUUCUUCAAUAAGAUCACAUUCGACAACUUCUUAAACGUGAAGUGUCCAGACGACACAGUGCUUCGGACAGUCAUCAGGAAGCCGUGGUGGCAACGACCGACCUCUGUCCACGGAGAAACUGAUCCCAGAAUAGCUGAAAUGACCGAGAAAGGGACCAUCAAGAGUUCGACAUUUUCUCCAAGUAGCACAGACAAGAUUUCAAAGUUGAUGUCAGCAGCCCAGGACGACGCCGCGCUGGAGGCCCAGUAUCGAGAGGACUGCAACAAGAUCACCAAGGCCAUCGCACCGUUAGAACAAAUACAGCUAGAGUUUCUACUGCUACUCCUGGACAACACUGAUGGUACAAAUAUGGUGCCGUCAACCAGGAAGAUAUUCCUGGAGAAGUUCCGAAGGUACAUCAUGGACAACUGCAUUCUGGAUAUGGAGGCCAUAUUUCAGAGGCUGUUCAACAUAUCGCGGAACUCGCCGGCGAUAUCGUGGUGCUGUCACUCUCGACUGCUGACUGCGGUACUGAGGCUGUGGAACGAGAACCCUAUUGGUAAUGCAGGGCAGGCGACUCCUCACCUACCUGCCAGAACAUUUAUAGACGGAGAGCUGGACUUCUACAAUGUUGACCGUCUUGGAGGAGUCCUGCCGUUCUUAGUUAGGACAUUAAGGCAAGAUCUCGUCGGUGUCUUGGGCGAGGACAAUCCCUUCAUACAAAGUUUCGAACCCAACUACAAUCGAGCUGGUGGCAUUGAUACUGGUGUCAGUGAUAUGGCUGCCGGAUCUCCAGGGUUGGCGACUCUCCCUCAAGUCAUAUCUUCAAUGGCCAGGUUCAUGCAUCCGCCUAUGCCACCAGUACCAAAUAGAACUACAGGAGAAACGGCGUUAGCUAUCAAAGGCACUCGGUCUAUGAUGCCUGGUGCUGGGUCCAUAGACAUCAGGUCAGCAUAUCUUCGGUUGGUAGACGGACUUCUUGCUCUAUACCAUGGUGCCGCUAUCAAACAUGCUGAGAAGUUAUGUGAGCUGAGAGACAACCAAUUAGACAUGGCUGACUGUCUCCAUGAUAUCGAACAUCGAAUAUACACCGUCACUACAGAAUUGAAGGCUGCAGGUGGCGAGAACAUGACUGAACAGGAUAAGAUGAAGAAACAGCUCAUGGAAGGCAUGCUGAAGGAAUUAGAGAGGUCUAAGUCUGUAUACGAGGAGAAACUGGAAGCAGGUGCAUUACAGAUGGGCUGGGUGAUAGGUGCAAUAUGGACUAAACAAAGACAGACAGAGUUGGCGAAACAUUUCUCAGGGACACUACACUCUCUGAGACUAUCUUCUGACCCCGAAUAUGCGAUACAUGCCCAAUAUGCGCAAGUAGCGAGUAAAGAAAUACUCCCUGGCAAGAGUUCCUUAUUGGGAGGCACCAGCUAUGCCUCUCUACAGCUGGAGUACACAUCCAGUUCAGAUCAGAGUCCUCAAAGUCCAACGUCGAGGGCCACUACACCACGUACAGGAUCGAACUCACAAAUAGGAUCAUCUAAUCAUACAGGUGGUCAAGAAUUUGCAGAGUCUCUAUUCGCCUUCGUGCCUGAAUACCACGUUGAUGCCAUGCUGGAGCUCUGCAACACAUUGAGGCUGUACAUGCAUCCCACGAUACCCGUCCAGCAGAUACCAGAAUGGGAGGAGCUCGUGGUGUCUUGUGCUGCGUUCCUAUGUGCAGAGUUUGCAGACCAACGCAUAGUUCUGGCCAGUACCAGAGAGUCUCUAGUACAGACGCUAGCAUCAUUUGCUACUCAACCAGCAACCAUGAGGGCCAUCGAACGAGUGCCUAUAAAACAGCAGAUGUGCAUGGUAGAAGAAUUAGUCCGUCCAUACCAGAAUCGUGCGUGGGCGCAGUCUAACUGGGUGCUCGUGCGGUUCUGGCACGGUUCCGGGUUUGGAUUUCGACAUCGACAGUGGCCCCAUUUAGCAGCCAGAUAUGGUGACAGAGAACCGACAGUCAACAACCUUGGAGCCAAAGUGGAUGCAGGACUCAUGAGUCAAUGUUUCGGGCCCUGUCCAUCAGAGGUGAUUCAGGCUCGAAUAAAGGAAUACCUCUCUUCACAUCCGACUGCAGCAGCCGCCUACCUGAAUUCUUUGCUCAGUCAACUCAACUGGGCAUUCUCAGAGUUCAUUACUAUGAUGCAAGAGAUGGAUCGAGUAAGCGUGGACGCACAUCUAGAGUCACGUCAAAUCAAACUCUGUGCAACAUGUUUCGACCUGUACCACGGUUUGGCCAGAGCACUGGAGAUGACACUACACCUCGCUCCCUUACUGCUGACCAAACCAGAAGCGUGUGAAAACCAGAAUGAGUUGCUACUCGGUAGAACUUGCCAGAUCUUAAUGGCAGUGGUAUCAAGAGUAUGUAUUCGUGGUGGUGGUGGUGCCAGUUUUGCCCGUCUAGUGGCCCGAGGGUUACCUGAUACGGACCGGGUACACUAUUACGUGGCACUCGCCCCCGUAGCUGGCUGUCUCAUCAGGAUGCUGGACUCAAAACUACCACCUGAACACCUUGAUCGGGUGACGAAAGCGUUGGUAUUGGAACCUCUGUUCAGGAUGGACGGCCUCGAUCUAAUGUUGGGCAAGUCUAAAGACAAUAAAGUGUUCUCAUUUUAUAAAUAUCCAGAAGAUGUAACAUUUGAUGAGUUAAAAGCGUUAGAAAUCGUAGCAGAUAGACUCCGUGUAGCUCGAGAUGCGGUGGUGAGGUCGAAGUCCCCGGGCUCUAGCGGGGCGCAGUCCGACCUCUUAUGUACGAUCUGCUACGCAAGGCCCGCAGACACAGCCUUUGUGCCAUGUGGACAUCAUUCUUGCAGAGCUUGUAUAAUGCAGCACCUAUUAAACAGUAAGCAGUGCUUCUUCUGCAAGGCAGAUAUUGAAACUGUCCGCGAAAUAGAACCCGCGAACAAUUGACGCCAUCUUGUCACGGAUUCAGCAAUGGCGAAGGAACUUCGGAAAAUUAAAUCUAAAGAAAUCUUAGCCAU